GCUGGUCACUCUUUAGUUGUGGUGGUUGUUUUUUUUUUGCUCGCAAAAUAAAAUUCCGGCUGAAAAUUAACUAAUUUAAUUAAAACCCAUGCACGCGAAACUGUUUCCGUGGCAAGAGUGAAGUGUUGGGAGCAUGAAAUAGCCAGGGACACAACCCCACAAACACCCCAGACACCCAAUUGUGAGCACAAAGCCAGGAAGAAGCAAAAGCAAAAAGGAUAUGCAGCUGCUCCGCAACGCAAUCUGGAAGUGGAGCCUCCUCCUCGGUGCCCUACUGCUGCUAUUCGGACUGAGGAGUGCCAAUGGCCUGUCCUCGCGGGUCCUGGAGCUGUCCGAUCGCUUCAUUGAUGUCCGCCACGAGGGCCAGUGGCUGGUGAUGUUCUAUGCGCCGUGGUGCGGCUACUGCAAGAAGACAGAGCCGAUCUUCGGACUGGUGGCGCAGGCGUUGCAUGCCACCAAUGUGCGAGUGGGGAAACUCGACUGCACCAAGUAUCCGGCAUCGGCGCGUGAGUUCAAGGUGCGCGGCUAUCCCACCAUAAUGUUCAUCAAGGGCAACAUGGAGUUCACCUACAACGGGGAUCGGAGUCGCGACGAACUGGUGGACUAUGCCCUGCGCAUGUCCGGUCCGCCGGUGCAGCUGGUGACGCGCACGGAGAGCGUCGAUAUGCUCAAGGGAUCGCACACGAUCUUCUUCAUGUUCGUGGGCCAGCAGGAGGGCGUUGUCUGGGACACGUACUACGCGGCAGCGGAGGGCUACCAGGAGCACGGUUUCUUCUAUGCCACCAGCGAGGACAUUGCCGCCCAGCACUUUGACUUCGAGAAGUUGCCGGCGGUGAUCGUCUACAAGGAGGAGCAGCACCACUUCUAUCCCCACGGACACGUGGCCCACGAGAUGGACCCCAACGAGGUGAACGAGACCAUCUUCCAGUGGGUGAACGUCGAGCGGUUCACCCUCUUCCCAAAGGUGACGCGCUUCAACAUCCACCAGCUGCUAAAGACCCAGAAAUACCUGGUCCUGGCCGUCGUCCAGGAGGAUAAACUCAGCCAGAUCGCCACCCACGAGCUGGAGUUCCGCGACAUGGUCGAGGGUGUCAUCCGGAAGCAUCGGCCGCGGUAUCACAACAAAUUUCAGUUUGGAUGGAUUGGGGAACCCUCCAUCGCACAUUCCAUCAUCCUGGACCAGCUGCCUACGCCGCAUCUGAUAGCCAUUAACUCGAGCACCCAGCACCACUUCAUACCCGACGACGAUCCCAUGCAGAUGACGCCGCAGGCCCUGCAUCUCUUCCUGGAGUCGAUUAGCAAUGAGAGCGCCAUCGCCUAUGGCGGCGACACCUACUUCGUGCGCUGCAAUCGGGCGCUCUUCGAGCUGAGGCGUUCGCUCAAGGACAUGUGGAAGGGGAAUCCCGUGCUGACGACCGUCAUCUUUGGCCUCCCACUGGGCUUCCUGCUGCUCAUCAUGUACUCGAUAUUCUGCGGCGAUUGCCUCGUCACCGAUGAGGAUCAAGACGAGGAUCACGAGAAGAAGGAGUAGUCUCAAUCAGCAUCCAGCAUAGAGCAAUUUUUCUACUGCUUUCGUUUUAAGCCAAAUCUAGUCCUAUGUUUAGAGAACUCUUUCAUCUCAUCCCAUCUCGAAGGAUGCGGAGGAGGAUCUUCCAUCCGCUUUAGAGGUGUUUGCAUUUGCAGUUAUAGAAACGUGUUCCGUGUGCAUCUUGUUUUCGUUUUAAGUUAUUAAGAAAUAAAAGUAUUUAGCAAAGAGAA